AUGGAGGAAGCCGACGUUACUGAGGACGACGUGCUCAGGGACGACCUCACUGCUCCGGACACCGAACCACAACAACCCCUCUCGCGAAGCGAUGACGCCGAGCAAGACAGUCCGUUGGCUGAUGCACUCGUCGAGCUGGAUACUGACUUGGGCAAUACAGCAGCAGGCUUGACAGACAUGGAAGUGGACAUCGAGCGCGUCGACGAUACAGCAAGUCCGAAAGAUCAAAAUCAAUUGGUCGAGGACGAGGACGACACGGCCAUAACAGCUGCAUCGGCUAUCAGCCCACCCACCGCGCUCUCUAGCCAUGACAUUCCGCCGAGUCCAGUCGAAACACAGCCGAGGAGCUUGCUUCUAAGCACGCCACGUGGCCCACGGAUCGACACCGAAGAUGGUAGUUUCAUAUCAUCAACCGCCAGUUCAACGCGUUCGUACGCAUCCGCGAGAUUCACUAGCUUCAACCUGGGCUACGCUCCGGUAUCGCCGGUCGUGAGCACUGUUUCGGCGUCAUUCUCGGAGGCGGCAGGUACGUUCAGUAGUCCGCGCAAGGACAGCCCGCGAUCAGCAACGACGCGCUUUAUGAUGAUGCGACCCUGA